UUUGGGCGCUCCGAAAGCCAGGGCCCCCCGGGCCAACGAGAUACUAGGGCUUCCUUCUUACGAUGGUUGGCCAAUCCAUCUUCGCUAGGUCGCCUAGGCAUAUUGACAUCUCGAUGUUCGGCAGGUUGACGAUUCCCUCCGGAGUCAUAAUCCUGCAGGGAAUUGAGUUGUAUUCCUUGACAAAUUAGAAUAUAUAGUUACAACUACCCUUUUUCUAGGAUUCGCGGAAUCCACGAGUCCUCUCCUCGAGUAGCGGAUUUCUGUGCCUGCCUUUUCGCAUCACUAUGCACGCCUUUAAAAACGGAGUCGUUAGUGGGAACAAAGUGGUCCCAGCCCUUCCCCGCAUUCUACUUGUGAAAGAACAAGAAAAUCUUCCCUUCUUCACUCCGGAUUCUUAUAUAUCCAUGAGAUCCAUCGUAAUAUAUUAGCGUGUAUCUGCAGAGAUUGAAUCUGAUCUAAACUUCUUUCUUAAUUUCUUCAGGGGAGUGAGAAAAACCACUCUAGGUAAUAUCUGAACUGCCAAAACCAUGAGGGAAGCAGCUGAAGACAAGUACACAAAAGAUGGGACGACAGAUCUUCGUGGAAACCCUGCUGUGAAGAAGGAUACUGGGAAUUGGAGGGCGUGCCCCUACAUUCUUGCAAAUGAAUGCUGUGAAAGAUUGGCAUAUUAUGGGAUGAGCACCAAUCUGGUAAACUACAUGAAGGAGCGUCUCAACCAAGGGAAUACUACAGCAUCAAAUAAUGUCACUAACUGGUCAGGCACGUGCUAUAUUAUGCCUUUGCUCGGGGCCUUUUUAGCUGAUGCCUACCUUGGACGAUAUUGGACGAUUGCCAGUUUCAUGAUGGUUUAUAUCAGUGGUUUGACAUUAUUGACUAUGACAGCAUCUGUCAAAGGGCUGAAACCUUCUUGUGAUCAUGAUGUCUGCGACCCAACAAAUUCUCAGACUGCAGUGGUCUUUGUAGCGCUUUAUCUCAUUGCAUUAGGUACUGGAGGAAUCAAGCCCUGUGUCUCUUCUUUUGGGGCUGACCAAUUUGAUGAAUCAGAUGAAUCUGAGAAGAAAAGAAAGAGCUCCUUUUUCAAUUGGUUCUACUUUUCAAUCAACAUUGGGGCCCUGGUUGCUUCCUCUGUGCUGGUCUGGAUACAAGACAAUGUAGGAUGGGGCUGGGGCUUUGGAAUCCCAGCGGUGGUAAUGGCUAUUGCGGUUGCGAGCUUCUUCGUGGGCACAGCAUUAUACAGACACCAGAAACCUGGAGGAAGCCCCCUUACACGCAUUGCCCAGGUUGUUGUGGCAUCAUUUAGGAAAUCUGGAGUGAAGGUGCCUGCUGACAAAUCUUUACUGUAUGAGAUUUCAGAGAAGGAAUCUGUGAUACAAGGGAGCCGUAAGCUCGAGCACACAGAAAAGUUUAAAUUCCUUGACAAGGCAGCUGUGGCGACUCAAGAUGACAAGAUGAAGGAUCCAGUGGACCCAUGGAGGCUCUGCACGGUCACUCAGGUGGAGGAGCUCAAGAGCGUAGUGCGAAUUCUUCCUAUAUGGGCCAGUGGCAUCAUUUUUUCUACGGUCUAUAGCCAGAUGAGCACCAUGUUUGUUCUCCAAGGCGAUACUCUAGAUCCCCACAUGGGUCCCCAUUUCAAGAUCCCACCUGCUUCACUCUCCAUCUUUGACACCAUUAGUGUUAUCGUAUGGGUUCCAAUCUAUGAUCGCAUUAUAGUCCCAGUGGCUCGCAAGCUCACCGGUCAUGAUCGGGGCUUUACUCAGCUGACACGGAUGGGCAUUGGCCUGGUCAUCUCCAUAUUUUCCAUGUUGGCUGCUGGGAUUCUAGAGGUGGUCAGACUCCGCAUUAUAGCAAGGAAUAAUUUAUAUGACUAUGAUGGUUCUUUGCCCAUGUCUAUAUUCUGGCAGGUCCCUCAGUACUUCAUCAUUGGGGCAGCGGAGGUGUUCACCUUUAUCGGACAGUUGGAGUUCUUCUAUGAUCAGGCACCUGAUGCCAUGAGGAGCUUGUUAUCUGCACUCUCGCUUACCACUGUGGCUCUUGGUAACUACUUGAGCACCCUGCUUGUUACGAUCGUCACACACGUUACCACCAAGAAUGGGAAGCUUGGAUGGAUUCCUGAUAAUCUUAACCGGGGCCACCUUGAUUACUUCUUCUGGCUGCUGGCGGGGCUCAGCCUUCUGAACUUUGUGGUCUACCUUUGGAUCGCCAAGUGGUACACUUAUAAGAAGACAGCAGAUACUGACUUUGAAUCACAGUAAUUAUUGAAGAUUUAUGCACAUUAAUUGGCCUUAGGAGACAUGCAAAUUUGGGCUAAUGUGUGGUAAAGAGGUCUCUGCUUCAUUUCUAGUUGCAUUUAGUUCUUUGGAUUCGAUGUUCCAUGUGCUUGUAAAUUGGUCAAGAAAGCUGCUUGCAGUUAGUUAUAUCUUUAUGUGCAACUCUCUUGAUAUGGAUUAUCCUCAUUGGUUUGUCAUAAUAAUAUGUACAUGUCAGAAUUGAUCGGAAAAAAAGGCCUGUGUGCUUUGAAGCAAUCAAUGAUAUGAUUGAAAUAA